AUGACCUAUCGCAUAGUUGGCUCUGCUGCCCUCGCCACAAGUUUGUUACUUUACUAUAAUCGCAAUCUACGUUAUCUACUUCAACGCAAAGAGACAUGUCUCUUUGCCCUUCUACUCAUAUGGGUCUAUUACUAUGUCAAAGAAAUUACUCAAUACUUCAUACCGAGAAUUCGAGGCUUCAAUCUACGUCAGUUGGAUCUUGUUCAUAGACACAGAUAUGAUUUACCGGAAUUUAUUGACAAGGGAUUCAGCGACUUGUCUCGAGAUGAAAAUCUUUGGAGAAUUAUGCAUGAACGUUUCACUUAUGCUGCUGCGCAGGGUUUCCGACCUUAUAUGGAAGAUAGGAUGCAUUACAUGUAUGAUCCUAAUUUGAAUUUGGCCAUAUUUGGCAUCUUUGAUGGUCAUGGAGGAAUGUACAUCUCGGACUACUUGGAGUGUCAUUUCGCUGUGUCAUUGCGUCAUCGCUUAAUGAGAUUGAAGCAAAAACUAAAAAUGCAUAACAAAUCGAGUUCAUUAGCAGAUGAUCCUAUAUCCGAGGCUGUCAUUACCCAAGUGUUCGAAUUAGAUGAUGCCAUAUCCCGUCUGGAUAAGAAGUAUACAUCUCUGACAGGAUCAACACUGAUAUGUGCCAUAUUAGAGAAAAAUCGUUUCUUGACCAUCAUCAAUGUUGGAGAUUCUCGAGCUGUUGCAUGUGACAUGUUCAACAGAGCUGUCGCUCUAAGUCGUGAUCAUAAGCCGGACGAUAGAGAAGAAAGACGGCGAGUCGAAGUUGCUGGUGGUUUCGUCAACUGCGACGACGACGGCUCACCUCGAAUCCAAGGCAUUCUUUCAGUUUCCAGGGCUUUUGGGGAUACUCUUCUGAAGAGACUCGGUGUUCUGACAGCUCGACCCGACGUGCAACGAAUUGAUUUACACAAGAAACCGUUGAAAUUUCUCAUAGUCGGAACUGACGGCUUUUGGGACGUCGUCACAAAUUCUGAAGCGAUCAAACUAGCAAACGAAUUCUUGAAAUCACGGGAAGGAAAACGAGAUUGGCAUCGAAUUUCGACAUAUCUGGUGCAAUUAGCUCUUGAACGUCAAAGUAAAGACAACGUGUCCGUUUUAUUCUUGAAACUAUAUUAG